AUGAAGCCCUAUAUUGGAAUCCCCCUUGUCUCGGGUCUCGUCUAUCGAGCCUGGGCCCGCAAGUCGCUCACUCCUCUCGGCAUCGUUGUGGCGGCAAUUUCGGCAUCCGCACACGCCAUACACCCAUGGUCUGCCCCGGUCACCCUGCUAGCAGUAUUCUACUUCAGCGGAACAAAAGUCACCAAGGUCAAACAUGAGGUCAAAUCCCGCCUGACGCUCUCCGCAGCCGGUGCGGAGGGCGGCGAAGGUCCCCGCAACCACAUCCAAGUUUUGGCGAACUCCGUCGUCGCAACGGUGCUUUCUAUAGCGCAUGCAAUCGUGCUCUCGAAAUCAAGCUCGGAUUCCUGUUUCUCGCUUGGUCAGACCACAGCGGAUAUCCUGAUCGUGGGCAUUGUAGCGAACUACGCAGCUGUCGCCGCAGACACAUUCUCCUCCGAGCUCGGCAUCCUUUCGAAAUCCAAGCCCCGCCUCAUCACCUCGCUCACCCUUCGUGAAGUCCCACCGGGUACAAAUGGCGGCGUCACUGCCACUGGACUUGGCGCCGGUCUUCUUGGCUCAUUUAUCGUCUCUGCUACUUCUGCCGCUGUUCUUCCAUUCUGCGCUAGCGCGGGAAUCAAGGAGCGUCUUCUGUGGACAGCCGCUAUGACUGCGUGGGGCACGUUGGGCAGUGUGCUUGAUAGUGUCCUGGGUGGAAUCCUGCAGGCUAGCGUUGUUGAUAAGAGGAGCGGGAAAGUUGUUGAAGGAAGCGGCGGUCGCAAGGUUAUCAUCCACCCUUCGGGCAAAGUGGUGGCCGUUGACUCCGCCGAAACCACUGGACUUGAAGGGCCACAGGCUGCUACAUUGCGAAGCGGAAGGUCCAGUGCACCUGUGCGAGAUGAAAGCCAUGAGAGCCGGCGUAUUGAGACAGGUCGUGACUGGCUGGAUAACAAUGGAGUCAACUUGCUCAUGGCUGCCACCAUGAGUGUUGGGGCUAUGGGAAUCUCCCAGUGGGUCUGGGGACUGGAUAUUGCCGACCUCCUGGUGUAA